AUGGCUUCUGCCACACACAUACCCAGCAUAACCAACACGAAUCACAUCACAUUCUCACAAAGCUUUCCCCCCUUAAAGUCUCAUCCCUUUGGCCAAGUUUCGUUGCCCCAUAGAAAACAUGACUUGUCUCCCCCAAGCCACUCAAUCAUAGCUUCGGGUUCCGCACUAGGAAUCACCACCGUUACCCCUACAAGACCCUCAACCCCUACUACUACUACUACUCUAUUUAAUUUUUGGCGAGAGGUUCAAGGGUGCAACAACUGGGAUAACCUUUUGGACCCUUUGCACCCUCUUCUUCGCCAAGAGAUUAUUCGCUAUGGUGAGUUUGUCACUGCCUCUUACAAGGCCUUUGACCUUGACCCCAACUCCAAACGAUACUUGAACUGCAAGUAUGGGAAGAAGAGCAUGUUGAGUGAGGUGGGAAUGGCAAACUAUGGCUAUGACGUCACAAAGUACAUCUACGCCACUCCUGACAUCAACCUUCCCAUCACAAACUCUUCUUCUUCUUCUUCUUCUUCUGGUCGGUGGAUAGGGUACGUAGCUGUGUCAUCAGAUGAAGCUGUGAAGAGACUUGGUAGGAGAGACAUAGUUAUAACUUUCCGGGGAACAGUUACCAAUCAGGAAUGGAUUUCAAACUUGAUGAGUUCCUUGACACCGGCCAUGCUUGAUCCUCAUAAUCCACGACCUGAAGUGAAGGUGGAAUCAGGGUUUCUCUCCCUUUACACCUCUGAUGAAAGCUCUUCCAAGUUUGGUCUCGAGAGUUGCAGGGAACAGCUUCUCUCAGAGGUGUCAAGGUUGAUAAACAAGUACAAAGGAGAGAGCCUUAGCAUAUCCUUGGCUGGUCAUAGCAUGGGGAGUGCCUUGGCUCUCUUGCUUGCUUAUGACAUAGCUGAACUUGGAUUGAACAAAAAAAAUAACCACAAAAGCAGUAGUGAAGUGCCCCUUACUGUGUUUUCCUUUGGGGGACCAAGAGUUGGUAACUCUGAAUUUAAACAACGGUGCGAGGAGUUGGGAGUGAAAGUGCUAAGAAUAGCGAAUGUUAAUGACCCCAUCACCAAACUACCUGGUGUUUUGUUCAAUGAAAAUUUUAGGGUUUUGUUGGGUCCAUACGAGUUCCCAUGGAGUUGUUCUUGUUAUGCUCAUGUGGGUGUUGAGUUAAUGCUUGAUUUCUUCAACGUCCAAAACCCUUCUUGUGUUCAUGACUUGGAUACCUAUAUUGGCCUUCUUAGGCGCCCCAAUAAUGUUGAAGCGCUGACGCGUCAAAGGGACGGAGUGAACUCUUUGUUGGAGAAGGCGAGAGAGUUGAUGAGCUCACACAACAUAAAAAUGUUAUCUGGAGUAUUAACUGCAUGUAACUACCAUGAUUUGUUCAAUUCGGUCUCGAGGGAUAUAUUAUGUUCUUGGAGCGAUGAACUGCUUUUUGGCCUAGUUCUUUUGUUGUUGUAA